AUGUCUCUCCUGACCCAGCACAGACAGACCACGGACACCUCCGAGCAGGAGGUGUGGGACAGCAGGUCCGCGCAGGAGGUGAACAAGUCUUUAUUCCCCCCGGCGGUGGCCAACCCCUUCACUCAGCAGACACGCUUCAGUGCUUGGCGCUGGGCGGGCAUCCUCCUCCUGGGCACUGUGCUGGUCCCCGUGCGGGUGUCCUGCAUCGCCUUCCUCUUCAUCUUCCUCUGGCCGGUGGCCACGCUCUCCACCAUCAAGUUACCUACCCGGCCCACCGAGCCCAUGAAGAGCUGGAGGAAGCACCUGAUGAAGCCGGCGCUGCUGUUCUUGUUCCACGUGACGUUCUUCUUUGCCGGGUUCCUAGUGAAGGUGAAAGGGAAGAAGGCGAGCAGAGAGGAGGCCCCCAUCUUCGUCGCCGCGCCGCACUCCACCUUCUUCGACGCCAUCGCCGUCGUGGUGGCCGGACUCCCUUCGGUGGUGUCUGCAAGCCAGAACGUGCGGAUCCCGCUGGUUGGGAAAUGCCUCCUGGCGACUCAGCCGGUGCUUGUGAAACGAGAGGACCCGGAUUCGAGAAAGAGGACCCGGAACGAAAUCCUGAGCCGAGUGGUAUCCAAAAAGAAGUGGCCGCAGAUCCUCAUCUUCCCGGAAGGGCUGUGCACCAAUCGCUCCUGCCUUGUCACCUUCAAACUGGGAGCCUUCUCCCCGGGCGUACCUGUGCAGCCGGUGCUGCUUCGGUACCCCAACAGGCUGGACACGGUGACCUGGACGUGGCAAGGGUUCACGAGCUUCCAGGCAUGCAUGCUCACCCUGAGCCAGCCUUUCACCAGAGUGGAAGUCGAGUUCAUGCCCGUUCAUAUCCCAAGCGAAGAAGAGAAGAGGGACCCCAUCCUCUUUGCCAACGCGGUCCGGGUCACCAUGGCCAACGCCCUGCGGCUGCCCAUCACGGACCACACUUUCGAAGACUGCAGGCUGAUGAUCUCGGCCGGCGCCCUCCGGCUACCCAUGGAAACCGGCUUGGUGGAAUUUACGAAAAUCAGCCACAAGCUGAAAUUAGACUGGGACAACAUCCACACGCACCUGGACGAGUACGCCGCCGUUGCGGUCUCCUCCAAGGGAGGGAAGAUGGGAAUAGAAGAGUUUUCCAGCUACCUGAAGCUCCCGAUUUCAGAGCCCCUGAGGCAGCUCUUUGCCCUCUUUGACAGGAAUCAGGAUGGCACCAUAGACUUCCGGGAGUAUGUGAUCGGUCUGACGGUCCUGUGCAACCCUGCCAACACGGAGAAGAUCCUGCAGAUGUCCUUUAAACUUUUCGACCUAGACGAGGACGGCUACAUAAUAGAACAGGAGUUGACAACUAUACUCCGGGCGGCUUUUGGAGUGCCAGACCUAGAUGUUUCCAGACUCUUCCAGGAGAUGGCUGGCAAGGGCUCAGCUCAGGUUUCAUAUAGGACCUUUAGGAAAUUUGCCCUGAAGCAUCCGGUGUAUGCCAAGCUGUUUACCUCAUACCUCGACCUCCAGGCAGCCUAUGUGUAUUCACUACCGCAGGAAGUAAAAGGCCAGGCGCAGGAUUAA